AUGACGGUGACGAACCGGGAGAAACGAUGCGAUGUCCGUACAUCGCACAUUUUGUCCGUCGCGUGCAAUUUGAUUAACAAGCGAAACGCCGUAGAGUCCAAAUUUUCCACAUCGCCAGAUUCGCGCCGCGCCAAAAAUGUAGGUGGAGAUAAUAGUCCCAUGACGUUACCGACACCAGAGGAUUCGACUGCUUCGUGGUUAGACGCCGAGGACAGUUAUCAAGUCACCGAUUUCCUGGACGAAGCGUCGCGUAUACUUCACGACGAAGAGGACUUUUCUGACGCAUGCCACGAUCGGCUACGAUCUGAAUAUGAACAAUGGAAAAAAAUUCCUCACUUAAGAAUAAUUGGAAAACGAAUUGAAUAUUCAUGUGAAAAGACACUGGAGGAUGAUAGACAAAGUUACCAGGUUGACAGUAGACCAUCAACCUCUAACAACGGGGAUUUAGAUUUACUGCGCAAUCAAGUUAUAAAGAUCAUGACGGAAACUUUAUGGCAACGAAUAUUAGACAAAACUAGCAUCAAAAGUGUAUGUCAAAGGCAAUCUGUGUUAGAAUCACGACGAAAUUCUUCCGGUCGAAUAGAGUCUGCAUUAAUUGUUUCGUCGAUACUGCCGGCUAACAGACCAUCGAUAAUGUUUAAGUCCCGAUCGAAUUUAGAAACGGUUUACCAAACCUGCAGUGGACCUAUAUGCCAACAAAAAAAUAACAAAGAAUAUAGAAAAAAACCAUGGCCAAAAAGCAACGUCAACGUUUUACCACCUAUCGAAACACAUCAAAUAAAGACAGUGGAUAAAAAUAAACGCUGGUUUUCGGCCGUUAGCACACCUGGUAGAAACCAUGCAUUACCGAGACCAGUGACUUCGGUUGCGACUCACGUCAACACUUCGAUAAACGUGUGUUUUGACAUAUCUAUCGACGGCAAGAGUAUCAAAAGCUUGAAGAAAAAAGGUUACUGUUCCCCGUCGUGA